UCUCAACCAAUGAAGUUCGGGUUCCCACUUGAACAUGCAAGGAAAACGUCCAAAACAAAAUGUCAGACGUGACAGAGCUCAGGUGCUGGCCGUCGGGUCCAUUCGCGAUUAGCUGGUCUCCAGAUGGAAUCAUUGCGUUAUCAUCUGACGAGGCCAUCGAACUUCUGUUCCCGGUUAUUGAAGCCCCUGGUGAGCUGGAGCCGGACCUUAUACAGUGGCGUCAUAUCCCUAUUCAGGUAUCCUGGUUCACCAAAGAUGAGCUCCCAGUCAAAGACCCAGCACCACUUCAAACAUUCUCCAUCGGCGAGGAGAUAUCACAAAGUCUUCCACUUAGGAUUUCGUGGUCCCCACCUGGGCUUGCAAAGCACAGAAGAUGCGCGCUGGCUGUGCUUACCUCCAAUCUCAUCCUGUCUAUCUGGGCUUCGCAUUCGAAACCUCAAGAACUUGCUGGAUGGGAUCGGCAAUUAAUCAUUAACGAUGCUUUGGAGAAAUACUUUCUGGACCUUCCACAAGAAGGAAGAGGCCUGAUCAUGUCCGAAAUUGAGGAAAAGGCACGAUUGCGAAAACGAAUACGCGCCUACUCUUGGGCGCCAUGCAUGGACAGCGCGAGCUCAACAGGCCAAGUUGGUACCCAGCUUUCCUGGGGACAUUACAUGAUUGCUGUCUCCAAUGAUGAUAAUGAUAUUAUCCUUGUUUCCAUUCGCUCACCUACAUCAACCUUUGGACAAAAGGAGGAGUGGAAGGCUGAGGUCUUCGGCCACUUUCCCCUCCUGUGUAGCCCUCAGAGCAUCAUCCCUGAUCCAGGGAUCUUUGACGAAUAUCUCCUCGAGCAGCGGCACAUUUGCCAUCUAUCAUGGAGCCCCUGGGUUGCGCACGAAGAUGGACUACACUCCGUUCUUGCAUACGCUACAAAUACUGAUGUUCGCGCAAGAGUCAUAUCCUAUACCCAAAACGGGACCAGCGUAGGCCAAGACGUCGUAUAUCCUGAAAUCGAACUACGAUACUCAGGCCCACUAGAAUUCUCGCCCAAGAUUGGAGCGGGCGAUACAUUAAUGCUCUCUGUCUUCACUGCUUCAGAACUUAUCUGUUUAACUAUUUCUGCAGAGGACGGAUCGAUUCUAAGUCGCGCAACUCAUGACCUGGACGGUCGAUGGGACUCGAUUUCAGGUGUCACAUUCGAUGUCCGGCCGCCCAACUCAAGCAUAGUCCACUUCUCUUCCAUCAUAGGCACAACCCGUUAUCCCACCGCUGCUGUAGAGGUCUCCCCUGCGGGACUCUCCGCCACAUCGGAACCAUAUUGGCGUACUCAAAUCCACGAAAACCAGGUGUAUUUCAGCGCCAACCAUGAUCUCGGGGGGAACGCGAACGCGAAGACAUGGGGUCUUUCGUCAUCACCGCUUGGAGACUUCGUCGCCUGCUGCUUUACUCUGCAUCCGACCGAUAUGAUUGAGUAUAUCACUCCUUCCGAACGACGUUCUACAAUCGCAGUCAGUAACAUGAGCGGCAACGGUAGCGAACUUAGCUUUCCAGCCCGGAAUAUUAGUGCAGAGGCGGUGCUCUUUACUAUCAAGAAAUGGUGGGAGAACAACGUUGAAAACGAGGAAGAAGUCGAGGAGGCAAAAACAGCUAUACUCGAAAAGUUACUUCAAAUGCACUCCCCAAGACGAACUACUCUCCAAAACUCAACCAGCAAAGCCGUAAUACCAGUUCCAGGUCUAACAGCCACAGAAGCAGCCCUCCUCACUCAAUUCAAACAACGAGCCUUCCUCAACACAAACACCAUAAAAGACCGCUACCAAAUCCUCAUCUCCACUGCCUAUCCCUCCUCCUCAUCCACCUCCACCAUGACCACCUCCACCAUGACCACCUCCACCAUGCCCACCUCCAUCUCUAUCGCGAAAACAAUGAUAGCCCACCGCCUCGCCAAAGAACUCCAACGCCUUCCCCCAGCAAUCUCCCAAACCAGCGACUUCAGCACACAGAUACUCACCAGCAGCCAACAUGUCAUCCAACUCGUUCUCACUCUCAGCAGCGUCGACACCGCCUUCCCACCUUCAACCUCCACCCCACCAAUUGAAAGAUGCGACUUUUGCGACGCCGAUCUCCGGAUGGAAGAUCUCGAAUCCGCGCAAUGUGCGAAUGGCCAUCAGUUCGUGAGAUGCGGGCUCACAUUCCUGGCGAUCCAGGCACCAGGGAUUUCGAAAUAUUGUGGGAUUUGCAGUCAGCCGUAUUUCAGUGAUGAGUUUGUGUGGGAGCAGGAAAUUGCGAGUGCGGCGUCGACGCCAGUGUCAGGCCGUGUACGGCUGGAGAUGAAUGAUAUGGAAGUUGAGAUGGAGAUGGAGCAAGGCGCAGAGACGCUCGCGGAGAUACGUGAAGGAGAUCUACGAGGGAAUGGAGGGGCAAAUAAACAAAAGGGGAGUAUUCUACCGUCUAUGACUCUGGCAAGGCUAUUGUUCUGGGCGUGUGAUGCGUGCAUAUACUGUGGGGGCAAGUUCGUUGGAUGA